AUGUCUUCGGCAUUCGAAUCGUCGCUGUCGGCCAGCAUCAACCGCCAGUCGCUGAUGGCGACGCCAUCGGUCGCGGACACGCUCCCGAACGCUAACUUCGGGUUCGAAGAGCUGCGCGACCGCAUGACCAAGUUCUCAUCGAGAUUCGACAACUUCAUCGAGUCGGGUCGCAAGCGCGUGCUGGAGGAGAGAAACCAAUUCCGUAUGGACAUUGCCGAACUUCAAGAGAGCCAGCGCAUGAAGAAGAAGGACAUUGAGAUCCUCCACCACAAGACGAGCACCCACCAACAUACCAUCCAGAAAGAGAAGGCCGAGACGCGGGAGAUGCAGAGCGCCAUCGCUCAGCUGUCCGAAGAACGCGACAAACACAUGGCGACGCGAGACGCCCUCAAGAAGCAGAUCGAGGAGACACAGAAGGAGAUCGACACGCGGUUGGCCGCGCAGAGGGCGCACGCGAAGCAGCUGGAGGCGCAGUCGCGGUUUAACGUGCCGGAGCUCGAAUUCUGGCAACAGAACCUCGGCCUGCGGAUAGAAGGCGCGGGCCAGGACGACCGGCUCAAGUUUGUCUACUCGUACAUCGACAGCGAAGACUGGGACAGGGAGGCGUGGUUCGAAUUAUCCACGUCGAGCAGGGACUACGAUAUCCGGCACUGCCGGCCGAAGCUGGAGCGGGAGCGCGUGGAAAAGGUGCUGGACCAGCUCAACGAGACGCGAGAACUGGGCGUGUUGCUGAAGGGCAUGCGAGAGCUGUUUGUCGAGGCGAUGAAGCAAUGA